CAGUUCGCAAAUGGUUCGGAAGAGGUGUACUAAAAUGGAUACGUUUAAAGGGCGACUGGUGCUCCUAAUAGGAAUAUUCCUAAUGAGCUGGACAACCUUGGCACAGGAUGCGGAAGCUCCAGCACCAUCAACAACGACGGCGAACGGGAGUGAUCUCACGACAGACGCUACCAGCACAAUUGCAAACGCAUUAGAGUCCUCCGAGUCAACCACCAAUGCCGCAGCCCCGUUAGAAGUACUACCGUUGGCAACGAAAUCUCCCGAUAGCAAUGAAUCGCUCCCAGGAACUGAUCAACCCAACGUGACAGAAGAUGCCACCACAACAACGCCACCAACCAUCGAUCCACUACCGACCGAAAGCACCACCUCGUCCGAGGUCAAGAGUAGUACCGUCGAGAGUCUCGCCAUAGCGACCGACCUCACCCCAACAACGACGUCCACGGCCGGCCCAGCGAACGUGUCAGAUGUUUCGCCGACCGCCAUCACCACCACCAAACCGGUUAUUUUGCACGUCAAAUCGCCCGAAGAGGAAGCGAACGAUCGGGCCGGCGAAAAACCACCAUCGAUCCUAAACCACUUCCUACCGAGCGGCGAAAGUUCUUCCGAGGAGCUGCUCAAGAUGUCCGAUGUACGUGCGUCGGCGGAAAUGCGCGGCCGGGCGAUCAGCUUCGGACCGAGCGAACCGAUCAAUUUCGUUACCGCACCGAACCUGGUCACCACCGUACCGCCACCGAGCGAACGUAUGAAGCCGGCAACGAAACCACCGACGUUCGAUGACCUCAGCGACAUCAGCAUGGAGUCGACGGAUUCAACUGAACCGAGGGAAGAGAUGGCCCUCGGUGGGUCGGCAACACCGGAAGGGAAAUCCAUCGAAAUGGUGACACCGGGCGAAUGUAUAUUCAACGGUAUUGAGUACAAGACUAAUGCCACCGUGGACAAGGACUGUGACGAGCGGUGCCACUGUGAGGAGGAUGGCAAAUGGCGCUGCGAACCACGCUGCGGUCGACCGUUUGUGAAGCGUGGCAAGACGGUGCUGACUGCUGGGUGCUACGAGAAUCCCUCCAAGACGGACGAAUGCUGUGCCACACUGAUCUGCCCCUCGGAGCGAUUCACCGAUGGACGUGUCGAACCAACACCCGUGUCGGAGGAGACAACUACGGCCAAAGCGAUCGUGACGAGCUGCAUCUACAAGAAUCGUUCGUACGGCAUCAACGAACGGAUGGAGGUGGGCUGCGACCAGAUCUGUACCUGUACCAGCGAUGGUGAGAUGGAAUGUGCACCACGCUGCGCCCCACUCAAUGCAACACUCUCGGAACAGUGUGUGGUGUUGCCGGAUCCGCACGAUCCGUGCUGCAAGCGCGAGUUCUGCGAUGUUACGCUCGAUGACCACGAACAGAGUAGUGGCGUGAUGAUGAUGAUGGCACCGGCCUCUUCUUCCUCAUCACCAUCGACAACGACAGAGCCGGAGGAGAAUAUGCCACCGGACACACAUCCCUCAUCCGACCAUUCGUCGAUGAGUGGUUCUGGGUGCGAGUUCAAGGGUCGUCGGUACAAGCUGAACGAUCAGUUCCACGACGAGUGUAACGCACUCUGUCUCUGUACGGACGGUGGUGUACACUGUGCGAAGAUCGAGUGUCCUUCGGAGUUUGGACUGGACGUGCUCGAUCCGCACUGUCUCAAGUGGGGCCCGGAUCCGGCCACUUUCCGUGCGAUCGCUCCACGCUGCUGUCCCGAGCGGAUGCGUUGCAUCGACAAUGGAACCUGCGAGUAUAAGGGUCAGCUGUUUGAUAAUUGGUCGGACAUACCGAGCAAUCUGACCGGGUGUGAACAGCACUGCUACUGCGAUACGGGUAUCGUCGAGUGUCGUCCAGCAUGUCCUCCGGUGCCUGCAUCGCCACCAUCUCAUCUGCCUUGCAGCUCGAGAAAUGCUCGCUUAAUGCCGAUCCCUGGUGAAGAGUGUUGCAAACACUGGACGUGCAGUCCAACUGCUGACAAUGGAAUCGCAAGUGGGAACGACGUACUUAAGCCAUUGCUAAUGCCCGGUACAAUCAAUCAGUUCCUGCCUACGAAACCACCACGAGCAGAUGCCAAACCGCCUGCGGACAGGGAGAAGCAACAUCCGGACACGGCGACGGACUCUAAGGAACCAUCGCUUAUACCGUUCUAUCCCACGAUCGAUGGCAAACCGCCCAAAGUCCCACAGGAAAAACCGCAUAAGAAGUACACCAAAGAAGACGCAAACAAGAAGGAUCACUUUAACAACAUUUUCGGCGGAACUCAACCCGGUGAGCCAGAGCUGCCGGAUGAUGCCGGUAAAUACGAUUACGGCAGUUACGAGGAGGGCAUGAAACCAGCCACACUCGGUGUUCAGCGUCCUGGUCCGCCCGGUUACUAUGGACCGGAGAUAAAGCCUCACUAUGGAGCUGAUUUUAAUCCUUACCUUCAUCCACUGGCCGGUGGGAAUGGUGCUCAACCAACGGGUCAAACCGUUGGCGGGCAACCGAUUCUUCAUCCGGGACAACAUCCGGUUGGGUUGGACAAGCAGCUGCUGAACGUACUUGGUCCAAACGGCCCAGGAAGCCUGCCACCGAAUAUCCGCAUCGAGCAGCUGCUGCAGCACAUUCAUUCACAGGACCCGAAUCUCAACCCAUCCCAGGGUGCUCCGUUAUUGCAUGGUCAGAAUCUUCCACCGAACGUUUCCCCCUAUCAACCUCAGCUUCCGGUAGGCACUCAGCCAACGGGGACGGGCAAUGGCAUCAACUACAACCAGUACGGUACGGAUCCGCAUGCGCCCUCACACGUAGAUAUUGGCAUUGCACCGCACGAACAUUCACCACCAUCGGCACCCGCAGGUCCUGGAGGUGUGGCGGGUCCUGGAGGGUUAGCGUUCUCUGCCCUACAGGUUGAUCUGAAGGUGCUCGCCCUCGAUGCUAUCGAUUCGAACACUGUGCGUGUAAUCUUCCUGGUCCCGCAGGUGUACGUUGGGUUGCAUGGACGCGUUGAACUCCGCUACACACGGACUCGAAACAAUGACACCAGCACCUGGCAGUCGCAAGUCUUCGCUCCCCCGGACGAUCUUAUCGCGACACCUCAGCUAGAGUUUGAGCUGCCUGGGCUGAACGCGAACACAGAGUAUCGCGUAAAGAUAACGUUAAUUCUGCGUGACGUCAACUCGCAACCGUCUAGUCAGGUGUACACUGUACGUACGCCCUCGGAUCGUGUCAUUACGCCACCAUCGAUCGGUAUCGGUACCGGCCAUUUCCCGCAGAUGAGCCAUCCGACCAACUUCCUCAAGGAGAUCAUCCAGGAUCCGGAGCUACGCGCGUCCGAGGUUAACUCGACGUGGGCCAAAAUUAACUGGAGAAAGUUGGAUGAUGAGGAGCUUGAUUACGUCGAUGGCAUACAGUUGCGGUACAGGGAAAUUGAUAGUGUCGUUUACCAUGCGACUCCUCUCAUUCAUCGUGCACUGAGCGAGUACACGGUGGAGGGUCUACAACCCCAAACACGGUACGAGGUGGGUAUCUUCUUCAUUCCCUUCCCGGGGCAUGGAGAAGAGGUGCGGGCUGGCGAGAUGCUUCAGAUCAUCACGGCCGAACGGAUCGAUGUGUACGGGUUCGAGGUGGUUGUGAAUGCGAGCAAAAUUAAGGCAACCAGCGUUGAGGUUAGCUGGUCCGGUGUGCCGUAUCCGGAGGACAAAUACAUCAACAUCUAUCGUGCGAUUUACCAGAGUGAUAGCGGGAAGGAAGAUUCUAGUGUGUUUAAGGUUGCUAAACACGACUCUACGACUGGUACGUUAAUAACGGACCUCAAACCAGGCACACGAUAUCGGUUGUGGCUUGAGAUGUACCUCACGAACGGUAGCAUUAAGAAAAGCAAUGUAGUCAACUUUAUCACCAAACCAGGUGGACCAGCUGUGCCAGGAAAGACAGAUAAACUUGCAGCGGCCGGUGCGUCUGGUGCCGUGAAUGGCGACUACUAUGGUCCUCUGGUGGUUGUCGCUGUUAUUGCAGCAUUAGCCGUCAUGUCCACCCUAAUAUUGCUUCUCAUACUGACGAGGCGUCGUGUGCAGAGCGCAACCAUUACACCACCAAGGAAGAAUGAUGCCGCGUAUGACAAUCCCAGUUAUAAGGUGGAAAUUCAACAGGAAACUAUGAAUCUAUGAUUCGAGCGUGUCUCGCUUUGAUGGGCAUCUCCUAGGGCUGAAUUCCAUCCGACAAACCAAUGUUCCAGUGUUCACG